AUGCAUAUUUUGCUUAUACCACAUGUAUGUGAAAUAUGUGCAGCAGUAAUUAUUAUGCUAGUGCUAUUAUUUUGGCCUGUAUAUAUUUGUCGUGAAGUAACAGAUAAUGAACUUGAAAAAGCUUAUAUUAAUGAUGAGCAAUGUGCGCUAGAACUACGUGAAAAUUUGAAAUUAGUGAAAAAUGAUACAGUUGUUGAGAUUUUACAACAGCAGUUUGAUGAUCCAAUAGAUAAUAUCACUUGGCUAAAUAUUCGACAUGAAUAUUAUUAUGAAAAGUUUACUGCUAAUAGUAUAUGUGUAUUGCUUGGAUUUCGUCAACGAUUCGGCGCUACUAAUAAGCAGUAUGGAUCAGCACAUUUGUUAAUACCAGUAAUUACCGCCACAAUAACUAUAUUUUUUCUGUCUACACAUAUUUUUGAAUUUAUAACAGAUAAAGACAAAUCAUCAUUAACAAUUCAAACUUUCUGUGAGCUCAUUUGUUGGCUUAUCAUUUCAAUAUCCUUAACUAUCAUCGAUUUUAAUUGGAAUGGUACAAUUGAAUUGUUACGAAAUUUGGGCGCAGCUUUUCCAUUUGAAUGGAAAAUUUGCAAAUAUGUUGCAUGGUUUUGGGCUAUUUUUGCAACAUUUGAAUUACUUAUGAUCAAAUGCUGUCAAAAUAUUAUAAUUAAAUUUGAUAAACCAUUUAAUUUAACAAUUGUGAAUUUACCAAAUGAUUAUAUGUUUAUCGAUGAGAGUGCACCACCAUAUCCAAAUGAUUAUAAUACGACUGAUAGUGCUGUUGAUCUUAUGUGA